UGUCUUCAAUCUCUGUGCUUGUUCAAAAGGAUUAUCUGCGGUGCUUUAAAAAGUGUAAACGCAGGGGUGGUGGACUGGCAAAUCACUUGCGUCGGAGCGGUUCCUGUCAGCAAAAAAAUACAGCGUGCCACUCGACAGCCUGAGGCUCAGCAUGGUCAAGAACUCACCACCCUCGGUCUGACGGUAGCAACGGCAGGGCAGAUAAGACAUUGAGCAAACUCACUUUGGUGAAAUGGAUGAGUCUGACCCCCUGGACUCGGAGCCGACGCAACAGAUGUUGGGUUGCCCUCAGCGAGAAACCCCGUACUAAUUUAAUCAUGGGCAUAGACCCUGGAAAAACCUUCCCAGAUGAGGUCGAGAUGCCAGACAAGCUGGCCAAAGAUGCAGAUGAAGGGCAGCCGCACGCGCCCUUUUUGAGUAGGCAGGAAUGGGAAGUUUGUCAUUGGCUCAGCAUAGGAGGCCUGUCGCAAGAUGCCAUAGAUAACUUUCUAAAACUUAUAUAAUCAGGUUAACGAACAUCCUCAGCAAUGUACAAGUGCAUGGAAGACAUGGGUCCUUUUCCUUUUAAGUCAGAAGUAACCGGCCCCACAAAGCCCGCGA